GAGAGAGAGGAAAUUCGAACAAAGUUUAGUACCUGCAUGUAACAAGCUCUUCCUUUUUCUUUUCUUUUUUUGAAGAAAAAAAAAAAGUAAGAGCCUCCUCUCUCACUAUGGCAUCUGCCAAUCUCACGAUCCCGUCGCAGCCCAUGUCAUACACUGAACUGGUGCAUGUGGCCCAACAGGACCUCAGUCUUUCGCUUCCAGAACAGCUAUGGUGGGCUCACUACGCGUUUUGGAACAAUGAUAUCCUCGCGACAGGAAUCAUCACCUUCCUAGCCCACGAAGUCAUCUACUUCGGCCGCUGCCUCCCCUGGAUCAUCGCCGACUCCCUCCCCAAUGUCUUCCGCCGGUUCAAAAUCCAAGACCAAAAGCCACCCCCAACCGUCCACGACCAAUGGACCUGCGUCAAAUACAUCCUGCUCAUCCAUUUCGUCAUCGAACUCCCCCUGAUUGUCCUUUUCCACCCCAUGAUGGACAUGUGCGGACUCCAGUACACCCCCCCCUUCCCUCGUCUUUCGCUGCUGUCGGCCCAAGUGGCCCUCUUCUUCAUCGUUGAAGACACCUACCACUAUUGGCUCCAUCGUGCCAUGCACUGGGGGCCCCUGUAUCGCUCCAUUCACCGCAUCCAUCAUCAAUACGCCGCGCCGUUCGGGUUAACCGCGGAGUACGCUAGUCCCUGGGAGACAUUUCUGCUGGGUCUGGGCACGAUCUGUCCGCCCCUAGUGCUGGGUUAUUUCACUGGGGAUGUGCAUUUGGUGACCGUGCUGGUGUGGAUGGCUCUGCGCCAACUGCAAGCGAUCGAUUCGCACUCGGGCUAUGAUUUUCCCUGGAGUUUGCGGCGGUUGAUGCCGUUUUGGGGAGGAUCCGAUUGGCAUGAUGAUCACCAUCGCUAUUUCUGGGGCAAUUAUUCGAGUUCGUUUCGGUACUGGGAUAUUCGAUUCCUCACGGAUCUGCAGGAACGUCCUGUCGAAAAGAAGGUAUCGAAUCUUCCUUCUCUUGAAAUAAGGAGUUUGGUGUUGCGAAAUGCAAAAUCCGAAAUGACACAUCAAACGCCGUUGCCGGAUAAUCCGUGUUCCGAAGCAUCCACCGCCCUCUCGUUGGCUACUUGGAUGGAGGACGGACUCUCUCUCUCUCUCUCUCUCUCUCUCUCACACAUUCCAUCUCCCCCCUUCCAGUUCUAUUGCACUCCUACUCUGUACUCGUCUUUUUCAUCGAGUUGUCCUACUCCGCUAUCUAUUAUGGACCCCCCUAUCCGUGUCAUCAUCUAUGUCUGUGUUACCGAUAUAACUGGCAAUCCUCAGCGACGCCAUACGACUCUGGGAGAAGCCGUCUGUAGGGAUCUCUGCAACCGCAAGUUUCACUCUCUUCCCACCCCAUUGGGAUACGAUCAUGUACAUAUCCCCCCGGAUUUUGACGCUUUACAACCGCUCAAGAGAUGGUUUAUCUUCGAUCUGAAUGUCCGGGAGAUGCUCUCCUACGGUGAUGUGACCCGGGUCCCACAUCUGGUGUUUUUGGCCAGUCGUCAAGAGGAUGAAUGGAUCUUUAUCCGACGCGACAAAUGGACUGAAAAAGCUAAAUCCCGAACAAAAUCCUUCACCUGGGGUGGAGAACUAGAGCAGAAGCUCGUAGCUGAAAUGCGCAAACAGGCCACCAGUCGCUUGCAAAAUAACGCGAGCCAUGACACGUCAUGAUUCCUCGACCCUCCUUGUCUUCGACUUUUCCUAUAUAAGAAUCAUCAAUUUCCGGUUUCUGGUAUCUUGGCUUCGUGCCGUUACCUCUCACGUUGCCACGAUGAUUAUGAUCCGCUGUCAAGGAGUCUCAGGCGGUGUAUCCCCUCGGCACGAUGGACAUCUUUCAUUGUCCUUGUCCUCUUGCCAGUCCCAGACAUCCAUGCGCUGAGCUGGAGGACAGGUCACGCGGUUCUGGAUGGCCGGCCUACACCGUGCAAUGUAUACCGUUGCCUCGUGUCCGCAGAUUCCGAACCGACCCCGGACGUUGUUACACAUCUGAGUUCUUCUGCAUGUGUCGGCCAAGAAAAG